UACUCUUUAGAUCUCUCUGGAAGAGGGCUGGUAUAUUUGUGCCUGCUGGAGGUGGAAUUAACAGUAAGAAGGAGAAAGGGAUUGAAUGGACUUACAGGAAGGAUUUCAAGUAAAUUCAGGGAAACACAUUUACUUGAAUAGUACAACCUUGAGUCUUAUUUUACACUAAGACGAUACAAAAGAUGUUAAAGUUAUCACCAAGCUGCCGGACAAAUAUAUAUUCCAACACCAAGGUGCAGAUCAGCAUAGAUCUGUGAUUCAGAAAUCAGGAUUUGUCUUGGAAAGAGCUCAAGGGUUGAGAAGAACUCCAGAACAAGUGAAGAUAACUUGGGAACUACAGUUUAUCAGAAGAUCAGCUUCCGUUAAUUCAAAUACCAAAGGCCUGAUUAUCAUAAAUUCAUAUAGGAAUGCAUAGGUCAUCUGAUCACAUAAUAUUGGCCGUCUUCUGCUCCAUCAAUGCAGCAAAAACUCUUAGCAACUGUGGAUAACUGUAAAUCUGAGUUUCAGCUUUCCUAGAAAUAACUACUCUUGACACAUUCCAAAAUAUUUAAAAUAGGACAGGAAAAUCAGUGAGGAUGUCGUGUUCAGAAAUGUCACUGUCAUGAAGAUAGGUAAAUUUGUUUUUACAGCUACUGGGAAAGUGUACCUCCUAGCAACUUAGAUUUCUUUUUAAGAACAAGGACAAGAAGGACUAAAAAUAUCAACUUUUGCUUCUGGACAAAAAUGCAUCUGACUGUAUUUUUACUUAGGGGUGUUGUGGGUUUCCUCUGGAGCUGCUGGGUUCUAGUGGGUUAUGCAAAAGGAGGUUUGGGAGACAAUCAUGUUCAUUCCAGUUUUAUUUAUAGAAGACUACGGAACCAUGAAAGACGGGAAAUACAGAGGGAAAUUCUCUCUAUCUUGGGUUUGCCUCACAGACCCAGACCCUUUUCACCUGGAAAACAAGCAUCCUCUGCGCCUCUCUUUAUGCUGGACCUGUACAAUGCCAUGACCAAUGAAGAAAAUCCUGAAGAGUCAGAAUACUCCGUGAGGGCAUCCCUGGCAGGAGAAACCAGAGGGGCACGAAAAGGAUACCCAGCAUCUCCCAAUGGAUAUCCUCGUCGCAUACAGUUAUCUCGAACAGCUCCUCUGACCACCCAGAGCCCCCCUCUAGCCAGCCUACAUGACACCAACUUUCUGAACGAUGCCGACAUGGUCAUGAGCUUUGUCAACUUAGUUGAAAGAGACAAGGAUUUUUCUCACCAACGAAGGCAUUACAAAGAAUUUCGGUUCGAUCUUACUCAAAUUCCUCAUGGAGAAGCAGUGACAGCAGCUGAAUUCAGAAUAUACAAGGAUAAGAGCAACAUACGAUUUGAAAAUGAAACAAUUAAGAUCAGUAUAUAUCAGAUCAUCAAGGAAUACACAAAUAGGGAUGCAGAUCUGUUCCUGUUAGACACAAGAAGGGUCCAAGCUUUAGAUGUGGGUUGGCUUGUCUUUGAUAUCACUGUGACCAGCAAUCAUUGGGUGAUUAAUCCACAGAACAAUUUGGGCUUACAGCUCUGUGCAGAAACAGGGGAUGGACGCAGUAUCAAUGUGAAAUCUGCUGGUCUUGUGGGAAGACAUGGGCCUCAAUCAAAACAACCAUUCAUGGUGGCCUUCUUCAAGGCCAGUGAGGUACUUCUUCGAUCAGUGAGAGCGGCCAACAAACGGAAAAAUCAAAACCGCAAUAAAUCCAGCUCUCAUCAGGACUCCUCCAGGAUGUCCAGUGCUGGAGAUUAUAAUACAAGUGAACAAAAACAAGCCUGUAAGAAGCAUGAACUCUAUGUGAGUUUCCGGGACCUGGGAUGGCAGGACUGGAUUAUAGCACCAGAAGGAUAUGCUGCAUUUUAUUGUGAUGGAGAAUGUUCUUUUCCACUUAAUGCUCACAUGAAUGCCACCAACCAUGCUAUAGUUCAGACUUUGGUUCAUCUGAUGUUUCCUGACCAUGUACCAAAGCCUUGUUGUGCUCCAACCAAAUUAAAUGCCAUCUCUGUUCUGUACUUCGAUGACAGCUCCAAUGUCAUUUUGAAAAAAUACAGAAAUAUGACAAGAGUCACUGCAUGCAUAAAAUGUGCUGGGGCCAAGGAUGCCGACAGAGCCAUUUUCUUUAGCCUUCCUUUAUAACUGAGUUUGCUGAUUGAUGUGAUGCAAGGGAUUUUAUUUGGAGUAAAAGCACUGAAACUAAACUGAAGGAAAUUACCAAAAGUCCCAGAAUGGCUUUGACAGAAUUGCCAUUUUGAAAGAACAGCUGAAAUCCAUUUUUCAUAUCUUUGAGAAUGAGCUCAGUGAAAACCUUUUUGUAAAGGGAUUUUGGAAACCUUCCUUCAAGCACAAAUAAUUUCAAAUGGGAAGAUUAUGUUGUGUGUGAGAGUAUGUGAGUGUGUAUAUGUGUGUGUCUGGUGUGAAUAUUCUUCCCUUAGAAAAUAAUUUAUUUUCUCUGUUGAAAUGCUGUUAAAGGCCUUUCUUUAACAAACACUGAUGUUUGGAAGCAUGACUAAGCACUUAUGGUGGCUCUAUGGUUAGGCUUAUUUGCAGUUUACUGAAAAUAUUUCUAAAACACCAUUUAUUAAUCAUUCCUUUGGAUCUUUCAAACAAAUCUUAUAUUAGCAAUGUUUUCAGAAUCAUUCUGGGUUUGUUUGUAAUUCAGGUAUAUGCAAUAUUGUUUUAAAGUACAGUUUAUAUUACAGAAUAUGCUAUUAACUAUAUUGGGGUACAUUAAGUAAUAUAUUUUUAAUUAAUAGUGUACCAUUGAGAGAAUAAGAAAUGGAAGUCUAUUAUAUUAUUCUUUAAAUAUACUGUUUAAAUAUAUUUUAAAAUACAUUAAAAUUGUAAUGCAA